CUAGGAAAUUAAUCAAUCCGACCCACAUUGUACCGCUUCCGUUGUGAUUGGGACUUUUCGUCCUUUAAGCAGCAACUCCCUCCGCAAGUAAACCCAAAUUCCUUCCAAAUUUCAGAGAGAGAAGCGAAACGAUUUCUCAGUUUAAUCUUAUAAUCAUUAGCUUUUUCUUCAAUCGUUAACCAUGGUGCUCGAGGCGACAAUGAUCUGCAUCGACAAUUCGGAGUGGAUGCGAAACGGUGAUUACUCGCCCAAUAGGUUCCAAGCUCUAGCAGACGCUGUUAAUCUCAUCUGUGGUGCCAAAACCCAGUCUAAUCCCGAGAAUACAGUUGGACUUCUGACCAUGGCUGGUAAAGGGGUUCGAGUGUUGGUCACUCCGACUAGCGAUCUUGGAAAAAUCUUAGCUUGUAUGCACGGAUUGGAGAUAGGCGGUGAGAUGAAUUUGGCUGCUGGAAUCCAGGUAGCCCAGUUAGCUUUGAAGCACCGACAAAACAAGAAGCAGCAACAAAGGAUCAUAGUUUUUGCUGGCAGCCCUGUUAAAUAUGACAAGAAGGUCUUGGAGAUGAUUGGGAGAAAAUUGAAGAAGAAUAGUGUAGCUCUUGAUGUGGUUAAUUUUGGUGAAGAUGAUGAAGGGAAAUCUGAGAAGCUAGAGGCACUAGUUGCUGCGGUUAAUAACAACGAGAGUAGUCACAUCAUUCAUAUUCCUCCUGGUCCUAAUGCUCUCUCUGAUGUGCUUAUAAGUACUCCUAUUUUUACUGGUGAUGGUGAGGGUGGCAGUGGAUUUGCUGCUGCUGCUGCAGCGGCUGCUGCUGGUGGAGUGUCUGGAUAUGAUUUUGGUGUAGAUCCUAAUUUGGAUCCAGAACUUGCUCUCGCACUCCGAGUUUCAAUGGAGGAAGAAAGGGCGAGGCAAGAAGCAGCUGCAAAGAAGGCUGCAGAAGAAGCUGGUAACCAAGAGAAAGGAGAAAAUCAGUCUACUUCCCAGGAUGUUGCUAUGGCUGAAAAUGUCAAUGCAGGAACUUCUGAACCUGAAAGCAAAGCAGCUGAUCUAAUGGAAGAUGAGAAUGCCUUGUUACAGCAAGCUCUUGCAAUGUCGAUGGAUGACUCGUCCUCCAAUGUUGCUACACGAGACACUGACAUGUCAGAAGCAGCUUCUGAAGAUCAAGACUUGGCACUUGCUCUUCAAUUGUCUGUGCAAGACAGUUCAAAUGAUCAGUCAAAUCAGACAGAUAUGAGCAAGCUGUUGGCAGAUCAAUCAUUCGUGUCAUCAAUCCUUGCCUCACUUCCAGGUGUUGAUCCAAACGAUCCUUCCGUUAAAGAUUUGCUUGCUUCCAUGCAAGGCCAGUCUGAGAAGAAGGAUGAGGACAAUGAUAAGGAACAGAAAGAGGACAAGAAGUAAAGAUGCGUACAACUAUUUGCAGCUCUGGAAAAGAAGUUGACAUGGUAAUCAAGUAUGCUGCUGCUGAAAUUGCUCAUUGGAAUGGGUCUUGUAAUGUCUGUGGGAAAGGACACUCUCUUGUACUCUUGAGGGACUAAUUGAACCUUUAAAAUAUACUGUUAUAAGAUUAUGAAACUCUUCAGUUAGAUUGCUUUGUGGCUUCCA